AUCAUUAAUUGUCAUAUAUACUUUAGCCAUAUUAGGUAAUUCCGUAAUUUUAUUUAUGGAAAUAAUGAAGUACAUUAAUAAUGUAUUUAUGGUUAGUUUAAUAAAAAGUUUAUUAUAUAUUUAGAUGGACCAACCUAUUUCUCUAAGGAUUAUAAGAAUCAUUCUAAUGAUGACAUGUGGCUACAAAAAAAUGUUGUAAUGCUUCUCAAAUAAUAUAUAGGAGAUAGGGGAUAUCUAAAAAUCUAUUUGAAAUUAAGUCAUUAAAAACUAAAUUAUAAGGUCACCCUAGUAUUUGAGGUUUGGUACGCAAAAUAAUUCAACUUCGAAAUCUUCUAAUAUGAGUUUAAUAAAAAGUGAUCAUGAAGACCAACGCUUAAUUCAAUUUUGUUGAUAUAGUUAAUAUUGGAAGUAUAAGUAAUAUUAGAAAUUGUGUUACACACGAAAGUUGGAUGGUUGAUGUGGAUGGCAAAUGGACCGCAGCCCGCGGGCCUGGCCCGUACAAGACCCAUGCGGGGCGGGUUUGGGCAGAGAUACUGUAGGCCCAUUUGUGAGCGGGUCUCGCGGGCUAAGUCUCAUGCGGGUUGGGCUUUUGCGGUUUGGGUCACUGCGGGUCUUGCGGGUAUUGCGGGUCAGACUGAACCCGCACCACUUCCUCUUUGUUGUGUAUCCACCUGAAAAAAAAAAAAAGACAAAGACGAAAAUGGCGAUUUAUGUUCUCAGAGAAGCCGCGACUCCAUUGACGCACACCAGAGGAUGCAUGUUCUUAUUCUCCUCGACUAAGGCCACCACCGGAGCUUCUCUCCGUCUUCUUCCACCACCAUAACUUCUCUUCUUGGAGAUCCCGCCACCGAAACUUUUCUCCUUCCUCGAGCCUCCACCGGAGCUUCUCUCCUUCCUCGAGCCUCCACCGGAACUUCUCUCCGUCUUCUUUCCACCACCAUAACUUCUCUUCUUGGAGAUCCCGCCACCGGAACCUCUCUCCUUCCUCGAGCCUCCACCAGAGCUUCUCUCCUUCCUAGAGCCUCCACCGGCGCUUCUUGUUCCUGGACUACAAAGGUAUUUAUUCAUUAUAUUAUGUGAUUAAGGCCACAUACUGUUCAACGUAUUAUCUGCUGACGCUUCUUUGAUGAAGUAGAAUAAGAAGUAAUAGGACGACUUUUGGGAUCCAAAGAGAGCUCAUCGUCUCAAAAAUUUUGGGAGCAGCAAUCUAGUAUUGGUCAACCAUGAACAUGAACCAAGUUUCCGAGUAUGUGGAAACCGAUCCAAUUGGUCGCUAUGGACGUUUUGCAGAAGUUCUUGGAAGGGGAGCUAUGAAAACAGUGUACAAAGCAAUCGACGAGAUGCUGGGGAUAGAAGUAGCAUGGAGCCAGGUGAAGCUAAAAGAGGUUCUACGUUCUUCUGUUGAUCUACAGAGGCUCUACUCAGAGGUUCAUCUUCUCAGUAGAUGAUUGGCUUCGAAUAAAUGAAGAAAGCGAAGAUGAGGUUGUUAGAGAGAUGGUGCCACCGAUGAAAGAGAAGUUUGAUAAAUAUUGGGAAGAAGUCAGUUGUGUUUUCGCGAUGGCAGUUGUCUUUGAUCCACGUUUUAAGCUUUCUAUUGUGAAUUGUUGUUUAGGGAAGCUUGACAUGAGUACACGUGAUGCAAAGUUGAGAAACUUGCGUGAUAAGCUCAGUACUUUGUUUGAGUCUUACGACAAAAAAUCCAAGACUAACUCACCUUCUACAGAGCCACGUGAGACGGUUCCACAAAAUGUUUGUGCUGAAGGGUCAAUGGGUAUGUUUGAGAACUACAAUGAUUUCUUUGCGUUUCGCAAAGUCAGCGGCGUUGUGAGUGGAAAAACACCUCUAGAAGCUUAUCUUGAUGAACCACCCUUGGACUUUAAUAGUUUUCGGAGCAUGGAUAUUCUCAAGUGGUGGAAAGAUAAUACUCAUAGGUAUAGCGAUUUGUCAGCAAUGGCUUGUGAUUUACUGAGUAUUCCUAUUACAGCAGUGGCUUCAGAGUCUUCCUUUAGCAUUGGAUCGCGAGUCCUUAAUAAAUACAGGAGCCGUCUACUCCCGAAGAAUGUGCAAGCUCUGAUCUGUACUAGGAACUGGCUAAAGGGAUAUGAAGCUUAUGAACAUGAUGAAAUUCAUGAUGAGGAAGAGAAGCUACCAUCAUUUGAAUCUAUUGUCAAUGGUGAAGAUGAAGAUGAAGAAGAAGAAGUUUGAUUUUUUUUUUAUUUUGAUUUGGUGUUUUGCUUUUAUUUACAUUUAGAAUGACUGUUUGGAUUUGGUUUUUUAUUACCUUUGGGAUCUGGUGUUUUGUUUAAUUUAAAUUUGGUUAAGACUUG